AUGCGCACUGUGCUUAUUGAGAUCCCGCUUAACUCCACCUCUCCCACCAAAUCACCUCCUAAAUCACCUCCUAAAUCACCUCCUAAAUCACCUCCCAAGUCGUCCGCUGAGAGUGCCUCCCUGUCGCCAGUGCGAAUACCCAAGCUGCCUGCCGGGUUCGAGUUGACGCUAAUUUCCCCUCAAAUUGAGGUCACGCCUGGUUCCAUCCCGCUCACCAAGUCGCCCGCUGAGAGUGCCUCUCUGUCACUGUUUCCCGUUCCUCCGGGCUGGACCACGAAUCCUACAAGCCCCGUGUACAAAGAGUGGGAGGGAAGACCAAUCAUGGAGGAUGACGACGCCUAUGAAACAAUUUUCCAAUCUGGUGACAAGUUCUAUCUCUGGGAUCGAAUGUGUGAUGAUGUUUAUAAAAUAAUCUUUCGAGAUAUCCGCGAGAUUGCUCUCAUCAUUGCUGAAAAAGGACUCAAAGAACUACGUAGGGAAGCCAUCCCUCUCUUUCCUGAACAUCCCAAUGGUUAA